UGUUAUUAGUGAUAUUAAUAAUUUUGUUAAUGAUGAUAGUGAAUAUGAUUCUAAUGAUAGUGGUUAUAAUAGUUAUAAUGAAUAUGAAGAUUUAAUACGAGAUAUUAAUGAAGCGACUCAAAAUAGUAAAAGAAAAGAUAGUUUUUAA